UAUGAAUUCAUAAAAAAUGAUGAACUAAAGGAAGGAAACUGACACCCUAUCGUCUUCAACAAUAAUGCAACGACAAACUGAUAAUUUUGUACAAUAAAUCCUUCUUCUGGUUCAAUUUCAACAGAAACCACUUCAAAAUAGAUACUCACAAUGAACAAUUCAGUUACUCCGUUGAUUCCAAAACCUCGAUCCGUGGAUCUUCCUCACAAAAUCCCCUUCUCAAUUAAAAUUUUCUCUCUCCCUUCCUUCUCAGAAGAACAGAAGAGAAGAGGUCGAUCGAAGAAAUUUAAUGGCGAGAGGCGGAGCUCAGAAGAAAGAGAUGGUGGUGGCGAUCGACAAAGACAAAGGCAGCAAACAAGCUUUGAAAUGGACAAUCGAUCGCCUUCUGAGCAGAGGCCAAGUCGUUACUCUGCUUCACGUUAAACACAAAUCCUCUUCCGCCGCGAAUGCGACGACGAAUCUCAAUGCCGAUUUCGAUCACGGCGAGACCGCUUUGUACAAACAUCAUCACAUCGACAAUCAUAUCAACGAUCAGUUCUUCCUUCCUUUUCGUUGCAUUUGCACAAGUAGCAAUAUAACAUGCAAUGAGGUGAUGUUAGAGGGAUCAGACAUUCCAAAGACAUUAAUAAAUUACGUCUCCAAAAACGUUGUAGACAUUUUAGUAAUGGGAGCACCUACAAGAUCAGCCGCACAAAUUUACAAGAGAUUCAAAUCAGAUGUGCCAAGCAGUGUAUCAAAAGGAGCACCAGAUUUCUGCACAGUUUACACCAUCGGUCACAGAGGGAAAGUUUCGGUGAGGCAGCCCACAGUUCCAGUGCCGGCAAGGCCGAUUGCUCCGCCGCGCAACCAGUCGCUGCGUGCCGCGCCGCGCCCCCAGCUGCUGCAUCAACGCACUAAUGUCUCCCAACUCCUGGCUGAGCCCAACCAACUAUGGUCCAAAUCAUCUAGAUGCUUAGAGACUCAAAGUAGUAUGAGGGUUCCUCAUGCCCUUCAACAAUAUUUGGACUUCAAGUCGCCGUUCACAAGGCAGGGUUCAAGGGCUUCAGUGAGCAAAAGGGUGGACCCAUCGACGGUGGAUUCCGACAAUUCGUUUGUCAGCUGCGGCAGGCGGAGCGUGGACCGUGGCUUCUCGGGGGCGUUGUCCUACGCCACCUGCAGAGACUCGUAUCGACUUUCUAACGUCUCUGAGUCGGAAACUUCCAGCCCCGGUCCGCCUCCGCCUUCGCCUUCGCCUACAUUGGAAAUCGAAAGUGGAAUGAACAAGUCCAUUCAUAAUAACAACUUCUCUUCUUACUCUCAGGAUCUCUCCUCUUGCUCCAUAGAAAGCGACACAUUCACUCGCCCUUCUCACUCUCAUGCCCAGGACGAUGUUGAAGCUGAGAUGAGAAGGCUGAAACUGGAGCUCAAACAAACCAUGGACAUGUACAGUACGGCCUGUAAAGAAGCCCUAAAUGCUAAUCGAAAGGCGACCGAGCUCCAUCGCUGGAAGGUGGAAGAAGAGCAAAGGUUCGAAGAGGCGAGAAUGGCGGAGGAAGCAGCAUUAGCAAUGGCAGAGAGGGAGAAGAUGAAAUGCCAAGCAGCAAUUAAGGCAGCUGAAGCCGCUCAGAAGAUCGCAGAACUCGAGGCGAGGAAAAGAGAGAACGCAGAGAGAAUGGCAGACAUGGAAGCAGAGGAAACGAAAAAAGCACUCUCAGGAUUCGGCCAUGGAGAUAUUGGAUACAGAAAAUACACAAUCGAAGAAAUUGAAAUCGCCACGAACCACUUCUCUAAUUCUUUGAAGAUCGGCGAAGGCGGUUACGGUCCAGUCUUCCGUGGAAAACUCGACCAUACGCCGGUGGCCAUCAAGGUUCUCCGGCCGGACGCUGCUCAUGGCCGAUCGCAAUUUCAGCAAGAAGUUGAAGUUCUAAGCUGCAUUCGACAUCCGAAUAUGGUUUUACUUCUCGGAGCCUGUCCUGAGAACGGUUGUUUAGUUUACGAAUUCAUGGGGAACGGAAGCUUAGAAGACUGUCUCUUCCGAAAAGCCAACAAUCCAGUUCUUUCAUGGCAGUUACGAUUCCGAAUCGCGGCGGAGAUCGCGACCGGACUUCUCUUCCUGCACCAACACAGACCAGAGCCAAUCGUACACCGUGAUCUGAAACCAGGGAACAUUUUGCUAGAUCGGAACUACGUGAGCAAAAUCAGCGACGUCGGACUGGCGAGGCUAGUUCCUCUAUCAGUGGCCGAUUCAGUGACUCAGUAUCGGAUGACGGCGACGGCAGGAACGUUCUGCUACAUCGAUCCAGAGUAUCAGCUAACAGGAUUGCUAGGGAUUCAAUCGGACAUUUACUCGCUGGGCGUGAUGCUUCUUCAAAUAGUCACUGGCAGGCCGCCGAUCGGACUGGCACACGCCGUCGAGAGGGCGAUUCAGAAGGGAAGUUUUGCAGAAAUGCUCGAUCCGGAGGUAAAGGACUGGCCAUUUGAAGACGCGUUGAAGUUCGCGAAGCUUUCGAUGAAAUGUACAGAGAUGAGGAAGAGGGAUCGACCGGAUCUUGGGAAGGUGGUGCUGCCGGAGCUCAAUCGGUUGAGAGCGAUGGCGGAAGAGAGUAUGGGAAUUCGGGCGUUCAACGGCAGCAGUGCAUCUUCAUCGCCAGAUACAAGCCAGACAUCUUCUUCUCAGGAACCGAUGAGAAUACAUCAAGAACAAUGUGGAGCUUGGGUUGAAAGCUCCAGCAGCCAAUCAAAUAGUAGCACGUCAUCAUAGUAAGGCUAACAAUCUUAUUGGCUGGAUUAACAAGUCUAUUCUUUUCUUCUUUUUAUUUAGGAUAAAAAUAUGUAUAAUUUUUUCAACAUAUUUAUCUCUCAUUUUCCUAAC